AAAAGAAUUUCAUUGAACUUGAAAAUUAUUUCUUAAAAAUACCAGAAGCAUUAUUAUAUUUCCAUACAUAUGCAUAUAGACAUACAUAUAUGUGUAUAGAUAUAUGCGAGAAAAAAUUUAUUGUGUGAUUCAUACUUGGUGUUUUCCUCUUACGUCGUCCUAAACGGUUCGUGUGCAAGGGGUUGAGUUUCCUCUGCAGUGCGAAGACGUAGUUUACAUUACGUGAAAAAUCAAUAACGUCGAUUUAUUUGCAAAUUUUUACGUAUCCCACAGCUACUUUUUUACGCUUUCACAAUAUAACCGAGAUUUUUAGACGAGAAGGCAUAUAAUUUGACUGCUGACUAAUAAGGAAUUUUAUUAAAUUUUAACUGGUCUAUAAAUAUAAAGCAGAGGCGAUGGGUGAUGAAUAUAGCCCCGAUAUGGGCGCAAUGGAAACAAUACUUCCAGCCAUUCUUGGUCUCACGGCGGCUGCUGUUCUAUCAGCAGUAGCUUGUGUAUGUGCCAAGCAAAUGCGUGCCCGUAAUAAAAAGCAAAAUCAACAUGAUGCAACAUUUCCAUUUCAACCAACACGUCGUCCGACUGCUGUUCGGUCUCCAAGUGGGCAACCACCUCAAUAUUUAAAAAAAUCACCAUCACCGACAGGCAACAAACAGUUGGGUAUACUACAACCUAUGCAAGACCAAACAACAUCACCAAUUUCAGCACCAACCAUUAAAUAUGUUGAAGAGGAUGAAGUGCAACCAAAGCAAAAUAAGUUAAAUGUCGAACAGAAAUUGUCUCCCGUCGAAGCACAAAGCCCUACUGUUAUACACGGUAAAAACCAUAUGGAGGAUUCAAUAGUUUGUAAUGGCAAGGACAUCCCCAAUACUGAUCAAUAUGGAAAACUUGGUACCAUCUAUUUUAAGUUGCGCUAUUUGGCUGAACGUAAUGCACUUAUGGUUUCGAUUAUACGUUGCCGCGGUUUGCCCUGCAAGGGUGGUGGUGAUAUACCAAAUGGAGUGAACGGACGUACACAAGCUGCAACCGAUCCUUAUGUAAAAUUGCAAUUAUUGCCAGAGAAACAACACAAAGUAAAAACUCGUGUUGUGCGUAAUACACGCAAUCCUGUUUACGAUGAAGACUUUACUUUUUAUGGUCUCAAUAUCAAUGAUCUACAAAACAUGUCGUUGCAUUUUGUCAUACUGAGCUUUGAUCGUUAUUCACGUGAUGAUGUUAUUGGUGAAGUUGUGUGUCCAUUAUCUUCGAUUGAAAUUGGUGACAUAUCAAAGGAAGCUCUCUCCAUUAGCAAGGAAAUACAACCACGUAGUUUAAAGAUACGCGCACAGGGACGUGGUGAAUUGUUGAUUUCUCUUUGCUGGCAACCAGCUGCUGGACGUUUGACUGUAGUUCUCUUGAAGGCACGUAAUCUACCACGCAUGGAUGUCACUGGUUUGGCCGAUCCUUAUGUUAAAAUAUAUUUACUCUACAAUGGUCAACGUAUUGCUAAGAAAAAAACUCAUGUCAAGAAACGUACUCUUAGUCCAGUCUUCAAUGAGAGUUUUGCGUUCGAUAUACCAGCUGCUGAGGGUUCGGGGGCUACACUUGAUGGCGUUUCACUUGAAUUAAUGUUACUUGACUGGGAUCGCGUCACUAAAAACGAAGUUAUUGGCAGACUCGAACUUGGUGGACCAAAUUCUGGCGGUACGGCCUUAAAUCAUUGGAACGAAGUUUGCAAUUCUCCCAGAAGACAAAUUGCAGAAUGGCACAAACUGAACGAGUAAAAAAAAAAAUUUAAAACAAAAUCGUCGAUUAUUUGAAAUUUGUUGUAAAAUUUAGAGCAGAAAUUUUUAGAAGAUGAAAAACAAAAUUUAGGUGGCACAUUUUAAACCAGCAGAAAACCAACACAAACACAAAAUUCAUAUAAUGAAAUUAAAAAUAUAUAUACAAUAUAUA